UAACAAUUCUUGAUGAUCAUAUGAAAUAUUUAAAGCUUUCUAAAUCGUACUUUUAUUGAUGUUACCAUGAUAAUGGAGGCAUCAAGUUUUUUAAAACCUAUUUUCACCAAAAUUUCAAAAAAUAUAUCAUUAAAAUGACUAUCCGAAAAGUUAAACUAGUUGUAGGUUAUAACUUCGCUGAAGGAAGAAUAUGAAAAUUUUAGGAGGAUAUCGAACAAAAAAGAAUAAAAUAUUCUUUUAUUCAGCUUCACUGAUUGGUGGAAUAGGUCUAUUUCUUCUGGGAAUCAAGCAAACUGCUGCAUAUUUAAAUACAAUAGUUGAUUCAAGUGUUUUAAUGAGAAAAAGAAAUUCGGAUUAUAUAUUUUUAGAAAAUGUUCCAUAUGAAGAGAAAGAAGAAUUUAAAUUGCUCACCUGGUGGAAAAGAAAGAAGAGAUUGUUGCCAUGGCGCCUUUUAGAAAUUGCGAAUGCUCCAGAUAAUAAAUUCAGAAUGAAAGCACUACAUAGUUUGGCUGCUAUUAAAAAUCUUACAGAUUAUCAAUAUCAACACAUGGCUCAAGCUAUCACACCGCAGACUGCCGUUUCAUUAGCUCGUAUAAGAGAUGUUGACCAAAGGUUUUUUUUUAGAUGUACAGCUCCUCUUCGAUAUGAAAGCAAACAGGACCUAAUUGUUUUGAUGAGAGAUCUUCUUUAUAAAUUAAAUAAAUUAACAAGACAUCCUUGCUUGAAAUACUUCAUAAGUAAUAUAUUUCCGACAUUUCCAAAAUUUCAGGCAUGGACGUUUUAUAAUGACUUUGAUAUAUAUGGAUUUGUUGGUAUUCGCCCAUCGGUCGUUGCUGAAGAAACUGUUUUGGUCUUGAGUAUAGAAGCACUUUUACAUCAUUGUAUCGCCACAGGAAAUGGAAGAGCUGUGGUGGAAGCUGGUGCUUUGCCGCUGCUAUUUUCCUGUCAUAGAGAAUUGAAUUAUGAUAGUGAGGCUUGCAUAUUGUUAGGCAGGCUCAUGAUGGAAUUGUCCAUUUACCCAGAGUACUUGCAAGAUCUUUAUCAAACUGGAUGGAUAACAGUGUUAGCGGAAUGGAUGCAGAGUAACAAUCAAAAGCUUAGCAUCGCCGCAGCUUCUUGUUUGGCCAAUCUCGACGAUGAUUCUAAUCUAAAAUACGAAAGAGAGGUUCUUCUUCUACAUCCUCCCUUCAAGAAUAAUGAAUCUAUAAAAACUGAUAUUGUUCUCAUUCACGGCCUCCUCGGAGGUGUGCAUUACACUUGGAGGCAAAGAGGGAACCGUAAAGGUCCGGUUAGUAUUUUUGGCAUUACAAGCCCUGGAGAGUCUAUUGAAAAUCUUUGUGCCCGAGCAACCAGUCUGGUCAUCGAUGAAGCUCCUAGCGAGUUGACCGAUGAUAUUCAUAAAAAGGAAGAGGAAGUCGAAUCUGGAUAUGUUUUUGUUAUGUCAGAUAUUCCAGUCACCGAAUAUGCGACUUGUAACACUUGUUGCGCUUUUGAAGGGAAUGACAAGUGUCAAAUAGAGCAAGCCAUAAGCUGUGGGAAUACCAACUGUUGGCCGAAGGACUGGCUGCCUACGGAUUGCAAGAACUUGCGUGUGGUCGGCAUCAACUAUGAUACUCGUUUGACUGAUUGGAGAUCUUGGUGUCCUCUGAGAGAUAGAGGUGCAACUAGAGUAUUAGCGGAGAGGUGCAGAAAAUUGCUGCAACAACUCAUGGCUUGUGGAAUCGGUGAAAGACCUGUCAUUUGGAUUGCCCACUCAAUGGGCGGCCUGCUUGUCAAACAUAUGCUUAUUCAAGCUUGGCAUAAUUCAAGAUCAGAACAGAUGAAAAACUUUUAUCAAAAUACCAAAGGUAUUGUUUUCUUAAGCACGCCGCAUAUCGGAUCGCCGUGGGCUACUCUUCAUGAAGCUUGGAGAAUACUUUUCUUACCUUCUACAGAAGUUGAUGAGCUCAGAUACAAAUCACCUAUUCUUCAGAAGCUACACGAAGAAUUCAAAAAAUUCAUAUUUGAAAACCCAAUGGAAAUAAUAUCAUUCGUAGAAACGAAGAGUAUGAAACUGACAACUUUCGAAUGGGAAUUUCAUUGCGUGCCACCCGAUUUAGGAGAUCCUGGGUUUGGUACUAUCUAUGAAAUCCCUCUGGGUCAUAUGGACAUUUGUAAACCAGACGGGAAGUAAGAAGUAUUAUUAUUAAACAUUUGUUUAUUUGUACAUUAAGGCUUAGAACAUUAUUUAUUCUACUAAUAUAAUUGAUCCUAGAUUUUUUUUAUUUAUUACAAUUUAUUUCUCUAGGUUUUCGUUUAUAUAUCAGCGGAUACUAGCGCUUGUACGCUCAAUAGUACCUAAUAAAGUCUAAUAGGUAAGUGAUACACGAAAAAGUUAUAUUUGUUAAUAAAUGUUCUUCAUUUUUUUGUUGUUUAUUUUUUUUUUAUAAUUUUUUUUUUGGCACAGAUUUUCAUUUUACUUAUAUCUAUGUGAAUUUCUAUUUUGUCUAUCGAGUUUAAAUUCUCUUCCUAAUUAAAUAUUAAAUCUAAUCUAUUUCAUCAUCGAAUUGAGGUAAAAGAAAAAAAACCUACGCUUGAUAGUAACUAGGUUCGAGAAGAGACAAUCUGUUCUACAAUAACUUGCCAGUUUUCAAGCCUUCUGCAAAGUUUAUUUCUUCUUAUCUAUAAAAACUACCUACUACUAAGAGCCGAUGUUUUUUUGUUUUUUUAAAACAUUUUACAAAAAUAUUCGAAAUAUUUUUUUUUAUAACUUAAUGCACGAUUCCCUCUUGGCCGAUGUCUGUCGGGACAUUUGAUUGUCAUGGGAAUUUUCCAUAAAUACUUUGAGGAUAUGACUUAGAUGUAUGUUAUAAUGACAUCAUUCUUAAUCAUUUCUUAUCACAAAUUAUACCUCACUAUUUGUUUGUAUUAAUUUUACCAGUUCUUUGUAUAAGAAGCACUCCC